GAUUCAAAUCAAACAUCCUUUCAUCCUAUCACAUUGAUAUAUUCUGUUCAGUGUUUCCUCCAUCUACAAUAUGUCAGAUAAUUUCGACGUUGUCAUUGUUGGCUGUGGUCCCGUCGGUCUAUUCCUAGCAUGCGAGCUUCGCCUCGGUGGUCUCUCAGUCCUCAUAGUCGAGCGCCGCAAAGCAGGCGAGAUGGGCGCCGGCUCUCGUGCUUGCAUCGUGCAUGGACGAACCCUCGAGAUCAUGGAAGCCCGUGGUCUGCUUGAAAAGAUGCUCGGUUUGGGAGAAUUGACCAAUUGGUGGCAUUUCGGAAUCCUCGAAACUCGAUUGGACUACAGUGUCUUCGGGAACGAAACCAAGCAGAACCGGGUGCUCAUUCUUCCCCAGUACAGUACUGAGGACAUCUUGAAGCAACGAGCUGAAAAGCUUGGGGUCAAUUUCAUCAUUGGGACAGUUGUCGAAUCUUUGGAACCGUCGGCCACCUCCGUAACUGUUAAAGGGACAUCUGUCGAUGGAACCUCAUUCAUGGUUACCUCAAAGUAUCUCGUUGGGGCGGAUGGUGUUCAUAGUAUGGUCCAAAGAGCUGCGGGUUUCGACUUCGAGAAAUCGAGCAUUGGAACCAAUACUAUGAUAACCGGAGAAGUUUCCUUGGGGGCCGAGGUAUGCAUUCCAUAUGUCGUUAAAAAUGAUAAAGGGGUGGUGAUCGCGGCUCCGCUCGAUAAAGCCCGUGAGCGAGUUCGCAUUGGCGCUUGGGUGGCGUCACGACCCAAUAUCCCAGCAUCAACACCAUUAGGCUUGGAAGAGUUCAAUCAAACUUUGGAGGAAGCUUCUGGAAUCGAUUGGAAGUGCUAUAACCCUGAAAUGCUGUAUCGUUUUACGAAUGCAACUGGCAUAGUCAAAAAUUAUCGCAAAGGGCGUAUAUUCCUUGUCGGCGAUGCGGCUCAUCAUCACCUUCCCGCUGGUGGGCAGGGGCUCAAUCUCGGACUUCAGGAAGCAUUCAAUCUGGGUUGGAAACUGGCUGCUGUGGUCCGCGACAAUGCCCCGGAAUCCCUUCUUGAUACAUAUCAGACCGAGAGAAUCGAUAUCGCAAAGAGCGUUGUCAAGAACACCACUGCUCAGAGUCUCCUCUUCUUCGCAAACACUCAACCCGAGCUAGAAAUGCGAGGUACAAUGAACAAGCUACUUAGUGUUCCCGAAGGUAAUCGGGCGCUGGCUUGGGAGAUAAGCGGUUUCUGGAUCACUUACCCAAAACCUCUGGAUAUGAUUGCUCCGGUCGGAUGGGAGGCUCUCCCAGAAGAGCUAGCCGGAAAGCGUGCCCUUGAUGUCAAGAUUCGUGGCCCAACUAACGAGGAAAAGUGGCUCAGCGAGUAUUCCACAGCAGGGAAAUGGGUUCAGCUUCAGUUCCUGGAUCGGCUUUCUGGAAAGACGCCAUCGCUACCGGCGUUCGACAAUAUGACGGAGGUUGUAGAGGUGAAGGAGAUCUUGGAGGGGCCUGGAGCAAUAUACCAGGAGAGCGGUUUGAGUGAGAUACUUAUUCGGCCAGAUAGUUAUUUGGGUUUUGGAAAGCGUUAAGGUCUAGGUGUAAUGCCUUCUUUUUCUGUUAGUAUUCUCUUGCAUACUUCUAAGUAUCUCAACAAUUUAAGACCUAGUUACGCCCUUCUUCUGGAACCGCUUCUUUUAAUUUCUAUAGUUUUCAGCAUCUUAAUCCACUCCUUUAUAAAAAGGCGCUCUCUCA